GGAGGAUGGAACGAAGGCUGACGACGAGGGGUCCGGGCAGGUCUGGGUGGUGAGGGGUGGGGAGGGGUCUCGGGACAACUGACAGAGGACAUGACAGGAGCAGACACAGGACGCGGGGCAACACUUACGUGACGCGGGGCAACACUUACGGGACGCGGGGGGACAACAGCUGGACGCGGGUAGACAACAUCUACUGGACACGGGGAGACGACAACAGCUGGACACGGGGAGACGACAUCCACUGGGCAAGGGUUGACAACAUCUACUGGGCACGGGGAGACAACAUCUACUGGACACGGUGAGACAACAUCUACUGGACACAGGGGGAUAACAGGACACGGGGGGAUAACAGGACAUGGGGGGACAACGGCUGGACACCCGGGAUUUCUGGGGACAGGGUCUGGGGACAAGACAGGACUGGCGGGGACUUCUAGGAUCUGGACAAGACGAGACAAAUAAUCAGACAAGGCUUUAGCAGCUAUGAUAACCCAACACAGUCUCACCCCUAUUCGUCACAUACUGCCGUUUGGUCAUUUCCCCCUCACGUCCAUAAGCAACGUUGAGGGUACCCCCUAUUCGUCACUUGACAAUGUAGAGGAGGGUCGUCCGAUAUUUGAAUGCAAAUCCCUCAUCUUUGGAUUUUGACGAACCUGGCUUAUCCAUCUAGCGGUUUUUCUGCGCUGGAAAGUAUGCUGCUAAUAUUAUGUUAAUGUAUUUUGCAGUAGCAUGCUGCGCAAAUACUGUUACAAUCAUUAAUUGGUGAAGUGACCAUAUAUUUUAUUGGAGCAGAAACCCUGUUCUAAAUCGGAAUCACGCCUUUUUUCUUUUUGAUAUAAUUUUGGGCUACAUUAAAAUGGCAUAAUUGCAGGACCGCAUAUUUACUGUAGGCUUAAACAUGCCUUAAUUUAAGUGGGAUAUUUUUAAUUGUCGAUGGUAUAUCUGUUUGCAAUGGCUUAUAGUGAGCCUACUUUGUUGGUUUUUUUUGCGACCAAAAAAAAAAUUCAAAAUAAAACCUCAACAACAAAAAAAUACCAAUAGCAUACUUUUAUAGACCUUUCAUCUCAAUACUAAUUAUGAAGUUGUGAUAAAUAGCCUGCUGCGGAAAUGUUUAUAUUACUUAAUAUGGACAUAUCCUUUGGCAAAGAGAUGGAUGCAUUCUGGGGCGUGAUGUGUUAAAAUGUAAUUGCUAACAUAUACCCAUGUUUCCUUAGACAUUUCUGCUGACCCCUUUAAAAUUUUGAGCGAGGAUAUAAAAUAUUAAGACUGUACUUUUUCAUUAUGAUUUAUAUUUUGGCGCAAUUUUGUGCAGCGCGUCACUGUGCGCGACCAUCACAGAAACCAUUGCCCAGCGCGAUUCCACCACGGUAAGUCACUUACAACAGUCUAAUAAGCAAGAGAAAUGAAUAGGCAUUUAAACGUCCAAAAUUAAUACAAUUACGAGUUUAUAUAUAUUAAAAAACAUGGUGUGUGUGUAGAUAUAUACAUUCUAUUAAUAAACUUAUUUUGAACGUGUAAAUGCUUAUUAAUGGAUUAUUGCGAUAUAUAAAUAUAUAUAUACCGUAUAUCUCUCUGUGUGUGUGUGUGUUAUUCCUUUUUGUUUAUCCAUCCAUUAUAAUAUGUAGUUUGGUGAUCUACUAUUUUUUUGAUUUGUUCUUCUCUUUUUUUGCAGAUUCCUCAAUCCCUGUCCUUUAAAAAAACAGCACCUCAUUACAUUAGGCACUUCUAAGAGCCACAUUUGUCUUGUUUAUUGUCUUAUUUGUAUUUUUUUAUUGUCUUGUUAUUUCUCUCUCUCUCUAUCUCUCACUCUCUCUCUCUCUCACACUCUCUCUCUAUCUCUCACUCUCUCUCCAUCCCUGACUCUCUCCCCUACCAUCUGAGUGGUGGUUGUUUUUUAGAGGGACGGAGGAACUGGGUUGCUGCCUCUUCUUCAGUCACUUUAAUCAACUGAAAGUGUAAAGAAUGACAAAGCCAAAAUUCAGGCCUUGCCCAAGCUGCCAGGUCCGUCAGCAGGCUAACCGCAAAACCUGCAAUGCUUGUUUUGCCACACUGCCAAGCAAGCGGUUAUUGAAAACUGCAAAAAUUAAUGAUGACUGGGGCCAGAGGGUCAUCAAAAACAAAAAUGCAUCUCGGGUGGUGGCCUCUGCCCAAAUAGCUGUCCAAAAACUUUCUGCCUUGGGCUAUAUGCCCAUAUUAUUUAUCAGCCAGAGGCACAAGGGCACAGGCAAGUUGAUGGCAGAUGUAGUAACGCAUCUGCCACCGACGCAAAACAACACACGUUUCUUAACCAGCAUGAAGAGGGCAUAUGACUUCAUGAUCAAUCUGGAUGAUGAGCCCCAGCCCCAGCAAGACCAGCCCCUAGACCAGCCCCAGCAAGACCAGCCCCAGCAAGACCAGCCCCUAGACCAGCCCCAGCAAGACCAGCCCCAGCAAGACCAGCCCCUAGACCAGCCCCAGCAAGACCAGCCCCUAGACCAGCCCCAGCAAGACCAGCCCCUAGACCAGCCCCAGCAAGACCAGCCCCUAGACCAGCCACAGCAAGACCAGCCCCUAGACCAGCCCCAGCAAGACCAGCCCCUAGACCAGCCACAGCAAGACCAGCCCCAGCAAGACCAGCCCCUAGACCAGCUAAUCCCACAAGACCACCAACUGAUUACACUUGAACUAUGUCCAAUCGUCUCUCAGGCUCAGCAGCAUGUGGAGCCUCUACCACCAAGGAAAAGACAAACCCCACCAUCCAGCCCAGGCCAAGACAGACAAGCCCCACCAUCCAUCCAACCUCAACUAAAGAAAAGACAAACCACAGGUACAGGAGCCACACAAGCCCCACCCUCGACCCUGGCCAAAAAGAAGAAAACAAAAAGCAAGUAGACAUUAUUUGCACCCC